CGUCUCAAGGGUGAGAUUGAAUUAUAUGGACGAAAGUGUGCGGGUUGUGUCGCUGUAAGAAAGCAUUUACAACUGGAUUUAACGCAGAACCAGGAUAUAACAGCACGCACUGCAGUUAGUAAAAUGGAUGUUUAUUUUAUGCGGAAUGUAACCGUCAUCUGCUUCAGUCUCCAGGAACCCUGAUAGGAAGGCUUUUGCGAUUAUUAAUAUUUACAUAAUCGUGACCGUUCUGGAUCGCAUACUGGAGGAACCGUGGCACUGACUUUAGUCGGCGACGACAGAAUUUGAGAAGCUAAAUAAACAGCAUAACGUCUUUUGACCUGGAUUAACUAUCGGGAGGGACUGUCAAAUAUAUACUUGCACCUAUUAACAUUUUUAUACUUUUUAUCAUUCAGCGAAAAAAAACAAGUUAUACAACAGGGAAGUUCAGUUGAAAGCUGGGUCCUAAAGCCCAUUUCUUUGGCUCCGGAAUACGCGGUUAAUUUACGCGUGGCCAAAUGAUUCAGCUGUGGCAGUUGUUUGUUGAAUCCUUUGACAUGAUGGAGAGCGUUUUGUUAGAGCAAGGAUAAUUUUUUUUAAAAAGGAAUUUUACCGUUUAACACAUUUAAUUGCACUUUAGAUUAUCGGCCUGAUCAAAAUUUCAUGUAAGGCAGUAUUCCCUUUGUUAUUCAACGUUUGUAACUGCACAGAGCAUAGAGUCCUGUGAAAGAAAUUUUAGUCUUCAACGCUCCGAAGUAUUACAUUUUAAGGGACUUGUCCAGUGAAGUAAUGGUCGUAAAUACGAUCCACUGGUUCAGGAAGGGCUUGCGGCUCCACGACAAUCCUUCCCUCAAAGAGUCAAUCCAGGGAGCGGAUACUGUUCGUUGCGUGUAUAUCCUUGACCCUUGGUUUGCAGGAUCGUCCAACGUUGGAAUCAACAGGUGGAGGUUCCUGCUGCAGUGUCUGGAGGACUUAGAUGCCAGCCUCCGCAAACUUAGCUCCCGCUUGUUUGUAAUCCGGGGCCAACCCACUGAUGUCUUUCCCAGGCUCUUCAAGGAGUGGAGCAUCACUCGCCUGUCUUAUGAGUAUGACUCUGAGCCAUUUGGAAAGGAGCGGGACGCUGCCAUUAAAAAGCUGGCAAAUGAGGCAGGUGUGGAGGUGACCGUCCGCAUCUCCCACACACUCUACGAUUUGGACAAGAUCAUAGAGCUCAAUGGUGGCCAGUCUCCACUGACUUACAAGCGUUUCCAGACCCUCAUCAGCAGGAUGGAAGCGGUGGAGAUGCCAGCCGAGACCAUCACAGCAGAAGUGAUAGGCUCCUGCGUCACUCCAUUGUCUGAUGAUCACGAUGAGAAGUUCGGGGUCCCCUCCCUGGAGGAGCUUGGUUUUGACACAGAGGGGCUGACCUCAGCGGUAUGGCCUGGAGGAGAGACAGAGGCCCUCACACGCCUUGAGAGGCAUCUGGAGAGGAAGGCAUGGGUGGCCAACUUUGAGCGUCCUAGAAUGAAUGCCAAUUCCCUGCUAGCCAGUCCUACAGGCCUCAGUCCCUAUCUGAGGUUUGGCUGUCUCUCAUGCCGCCUCUUCUACUUCAAACUCACCGACUUGUACAGGAAGGUGAAGAAGAACAGCUCACCCCCUCUUUCACUCUAUGGCCAACUACUGUGGCGUGAGUUCUUCUACACGGCUGCCACCAACAACCCUCGCUUUGACAAGAUGGAGGGCAAUCCCAUCUGCGUGCAGAUCCCCUGGGACCGCAAUGCUGAGGCACUGGCCAAGUGGGCAGAGGGCAGGACAGGCUUCCCUUGGAUCGAUGCCAUCAUGACCCAACUGAGGCAGGAGGGCUGGAUCCACCAUUUGGCACGCCAUGCUGUGGCCUGCUUCCUCUCUCGCGGAGACCUGUGGAUCAGCUGGGAAGAGGGUAUGAAGGUGUUUGAGGAGCUGCUUCUGGAUGCAGACUGGAGUGUGAAUGCAGGCAGCUGGAUGUGGCUCUCUUGCAGCUCCUUCUUCCAGCAGUUCUUCCACUGUUACUGCCCAGUGGGUUUUGGCCGCCGCACCGACCCCAACGGGGACUACAUACGACGGUACUUACCUGUCCUGAGGGGUUUUCCUGCAAAGUACAUCUAUGACCCCUGGAACGCACCAGAAAGCGUGCAGAAAUUGGCCAAGUGUAUGCUGGGUGUGCACUACCCCAAACCCAUGGUGCACCAUGCAGAGGCUAGCCGUCUCAACAUUGAGCGCAUGAAACAGAUCUACCAGCAGCUGUCCUGUUAUCGGGGCCUGGGACUGCUGGCAACUGUGCCAUCCAAUGCUAAUGGGCCUGGGGAGAACUCCGCGAGCCUGAUGGCUCUCUCUGAGGGCCCCCAGGAUGCUGCUGCAUGCUCAGGGUACCAGAUGCCUGCUAACCCUCAGGGGGAGUGGCAAAGUGGAAUGAUGGGGUACCCACAGGCAGACACACAUCCCAGCAGCAGCAGCACACAACAACAAGGUUGUUUAGUGAGCAGCAGUGGCAUGGUGUGCUACAGACAGGAAGCUCAGCAGAUAUCUGGACCUGUUCUCCAGCAAGGGCGAGGGCUCCACUCCAAUGCGGUGCAGAACUCUGGGAAGCGCCACAGUGAAGAAUCUGGUCCUAGCACAGGCUCUAAAGUCCAGAGACAGUGCAGUUCUUAAACAGGUUCAUCUUAUUUUACACUUUUUUUCUUUUUUUUUUUCUUUCUUUCUUUUUUUUUUUUUUACAAUUUUACUUUGAAGUUUUAGACUUCUAAGUAUAUAUCAUUGUGAUCAUCUGUUUGUCUUGUCCUGCAACUUCAAAAAUAAUUAUUCAGUCAAACUAUUUGUGUGUCAACACUCUGAACAGGCUGUUGGCUGAAGGCUCUCACCUGGAGAACCUGAAUGUCUGUUCAUCUGUUUUUGGGUACUAUUAGAAGUGCAUGAUCAGUAAUUUUAUUAAUUUUUAUUGGACUGUAAAUGAUCUCUUGGACUCUGUCCAAGUUGAUGAUGGCAUCCUAGCCAACUUUGGACAAAUCACAAUUGUUCAUCACAACAAUGUUCUGUUAAUGCUAAUUGAGUGUUAGGACUUCCCUGGAGACAGAAAUUUUUCUGUAUAUAAUAUUUUGUUGAAUACUCACAUACAAAUUGUACAUAUUUGCUAUUGUAUGUGCUUUCUCUAUUUCAUGUCAUAGACCCACUGAUAUAUUUUUGAUAAAUGAUCAUUGUGGAUCAUCUGUAAUCUGUGCUUUUUGAAAAUGUAAACAUUAAAGAGCAUUUAUAGACUGCCCAUACAGUACACAGAGUCGGUCUGCUUCCUUUUGUCACACGCUCUCUUUACGCUUUCUGACUCUCCUUAUCUCUGCUAUACAUGACUGUCUGUGAUGUUACUUCCUUUGUUCUUUAGUUGCCAAUCCCUCAUGCUCCCCUUGGAAGUCUCACAGUGCUUCUCACCAUCUACUUCUGAACUCUGUCUCCUCAUAUAGCUGUCAUCACUGUAUGCUAAAGACAUGGUAUGCUAAAUCAGGGUGUUGUACAUCAAUUUGUGCUUCUUGUCCAGCAUAUUGUGCUUGUUUAAUAAACAAAGUGUAAAUGUAAA